CCCCAUUUGGGGGUCCCAAACCUCCUGCUUCUGCUGCAUGAAGAGCAUCAAGUCAAACUGGUAAAAUAGAGAAACCCGGGAUUUUGCUAUGGCCUUCAAAAUAAAAGCCUAAAUGUACUCCUACAAAUGGUGAUAGAGGGCAGUGGAUACUAAACUUGAAAGCAAUUGAGAGACCACACUAAGACACGACAAUUUUGAAGUAUUACAUAUACUAUUAAGAUAACAGGCACAUCAUUUGUAAUAUGGUAUAUUUCCAAGCAUCCCAUCUGUCAGGAGUAAGUUACCGUCAAAAUUCUUGAAUUUGUAGGAAGUGGGUUAAACAUAAUACCAAAUAGUUUCUCCUUCACUCACAGUCUUCAAGAACAAGAGUGUAACAGCGCACAAGGGAUAUCUGAACUACGCUUUCAAGCAUUAGCAUGACCAUUAAAAUGAUCUGGUACAAAAUUUUAAGAAAUGCCCAAAUUUUACAGUGCAAAUCUGCAUAAAUGGGUUAAUCUUCUUAUGCAUUUACCCCACCCUAUUUUUGAGCAGAAAUGCCCACUCUGACUCAAUGAAUAAGAAUGUUUUUUUCUAGGAAGGAAUUACCUGCGAAACCUUUUAAGGCUUCUGGUGGGUGAGAUGUAUAAAGUCUUAACAGAAAUGUAAAGUAUCAAACAUACCAAAAAUAGAAUGAAAGCAGAAAGGCAUAGGCAUAAUAUAUUGUAGAAUCAAAAACACUAUGUAAUGUGAGCGUGACGGCUGUGGAACCUUUAUGUUUUGUUACAUUGUUUUCCACACUGUUAAACUACAGUAUUUAAAUUGUUAAAUAGUAUUAAUCUAGUGGCAUAGCAUGGCGUUUGUGUGUAAUCGUGUACAUUCUUCACAAUCUGUUCUAUUAGACAAGACAUUAACUAAUUUCUUCAGAUCAAACAAAUAGGUAAAUAAAGCUAUUAUAUAUCAUUGUUUCAAAAGCGUUAAUAGUAAGAAAUGUAGAGAAAGUUACAGAGCCAGACCGCCAGAGGGCGUAAUUACCACGCCUGAUAAGUUUUAUUUUUCAAACGCUGACCGGAAGUGCGUUACCAGUACGAGGAGCUUCGCAGUUAUUAUUUUUUACCUUACGCUAGUUUCUGUGUCAUGACUUUAGCUCUAAGUUGCGUUUUCAAACUCCAAAAUGCGGCGUUACAUUCGUGCACUAAUCUUGUGCACGGUGUUUGCCAUGUUUUCGGGCUUGUAUGUUUACAGUAAACUGUUUUACUCGGACGUGUCGGUCGGUGGAAACGGACCUAGGAGGGUUUUCAUCCCACCGAGAGUCCCCGGAGGCAGGCGAGGUGCCGCGGACAAAACUGGGCCCCAAAGCCCACACUGGUAUAAUAGGUACAUCAUGCGACAGCGGGGUCAGGGGGAGGCAGGGGGAGGCAGCGUUCAAAGCAGACCUGAACCUCCCAUGCACCUGGCUGUGGUGGCCUGUGGGGAGAGGCUGGAGGAGACUCUCACCAUGAUCAAGUCUGCUGUGCUUUUCAGCAUCAAGAGCCUCCACCUGCACAUCUUCGCUGAAGAUCAGCUACAUGCCAGCUUCAUUAAAGCUUUGGAGUCGUGGCCUGGUUUUAUUCACUCCAGGUUCAACUACACAGUCUACUCCAUCAGCUUCCCCAGUGAGAACGCAGCCGAGUGGAAGAAACUCUUCAAACCAUGCGCCUCUCAGAGGCUCUUCUUACCUCUGAUCCUAAAGGAUGUUGACUCAAUCGUGUAUGUCGACUCAGACAUCCUCUUCCUGCAGCCUGUAGACCACCUGUGGGCGUUCCUGUCCCAGUUUAAUUCCUCCCAGCUGGCUGCUAUGGCCCCGGAGCACGAGGAGCCCCGUAUUGCCUGGUACAACCGCUUCGCCCGCCACCCCUUCUACGGCAGGACGGGCAUCAACUCAGGGGUCAUGUUAAUGAACAUGACAAGGAUGAGAAACAUGUUCUUUAAGAAUGACAUGACGUCUGUGGGGCUGCGUUGGGAGGAGCUGCUGAUGCCUCUACUUCAGAAAUACAAACUCAACAUAACCUGGGGAGACCAGGACCUUCUCAAUAUCAUUUUCCACCACAACCCUGAGUGCUUGCUGGAGUUUCCGUGCCAGUGGAAUUAUCGUCCCGAUCAUUGUAUCUAUGGCAGUAACUGUGCGUCAGCUGAAGAAGAUGGCAUCUACAUACUGCAUGGGAACAGAGGGGUUUACCAUGACAACAAACAACCUGCCUUCAGGGCUGUUUACGAGGCCAUACGAAAGUACUCUUUUGGCGCAGACCCAGUGACUUCUUUGUUGGAUCCACUAGAAGAGGAGCUGUUGAAGACGACACACACUUAUUGUGGUAAAUCCCACGCACUCCUUACUAAGAGACUGGCACACAGCCUGGCAAACAUCAAUAGAAAGGCCCCACGUGGACGGUGACAAAACUGAAUCACAAUGAUGGGACGGAGGCCAAAAGUAGAGACUCCGAAAGACUAUCUUGACCGGCAGUACAGACUUGUUGUCCUUGAGCAAGAAACUAAACCCCCAGCAGGGAUUUUUGACAGAUAUAAAAAAACAAAAAUUAACCACUACAGCUCUCUGAACAUGUUUUUACCUGGCAAACUGUUUAAUAACAAUGAACAUGAGUUGUCCAAAGAUGCAUAGACUACUUUGUGGAAACCAAUGAGUGGAGCUUUUAGAUCAUUUUGGUGAAUAGCUGCUCCAUAAAGGUGCUGACACACCAAGCAGACGGCAAAGAACUAGUGGCGACGAAGCCCGACUCUGGCAUCGCCUCACGUCUCAAGUCGCCUGUGUCUUGGCCAAAAAGUUGCACUUGAACACACUGCAAAGACUGCUUUGGAGUGUGUGACUUGGCAAUGGACGCACAAAAAAUUGAGGAUCAAAAGAUCUCUUACCUAGUAUGCGGCCGCUGCACAUUAUUUGCCAAGUGAGAAACAGUAGAACAUGGCGGCCUCUCAGACUCCUGCUCGCAUCGCCAUUAUGUAGAAGCAGAAAAGUACUCAAGGAAGAGGUUUCCAAGAUCGUCUGUUUAUUCCUGGGGAAUAAUCCAGAAUAAUGGUCAAGCUCAGUUUUUAUAGUGUCUAACAAACAUCAUGCCAAGUGCUACAUCAUAUGUUAUUGGUCCCAGACUGCUCUCAGAUAACCUGUCCUGCCACGUUUACAAUGGGUCAAUUUGACUUGCUGUGCUGUUUUCCAAUUGUUGACAAGAGCCUGUGACUGGCCCAGUUCAGCUGAGAACAUCUGAGAGAGACAACUUCUUUUACACAGAUACAAAAUCAAUUUAUGCACUAU